AUGCGUCUCUUGCCGGCGUGGCUCCUCGCCGCCACGGCCUGCGCCUCCCAACACGCCCUAUCGACGCGAAUGCUCGACAGCAUCAUGGCCCGGCAGCAGGGCAUCGUUGACUCGGGCGCGGCAAGCAGCACCCUCGAAAGCGGCAUCCUCGCGCAGGCGUUCGAAUACGCCAUCGCGCAGUACCCGGCCGCCAAGGCCAGAUACGGCGGCUACCUCUCGUCGGUACUGGACAAGGCCUCGGCCAGCUUCGCCAACGCCUCGUACGCCGCCACGCGGCCGCUGGACCGCUUCUCGCUCGCAACCGCCAUCGACGCGGCGCUCGCAUCGCACGCGGGCCCCGUGACGGCUCGCUCCCGCGCCGCCUACGCCGCCAUUAACGCCUCGCUCGCCCUGCAGCCCCGGAACCCGGCCGGCGGGCUGUGGUACUACGUCUACCCCGAAUGGAGCUACCUGGACGGCAUGUUCUCGCUGCUGCCCUUCAUGGCGGCCCUGCCGCGCGCCAACCUCUCCGACGCGAGGCACCAGGUCGAGCUCCUCCGCGACCGCUGCACCCAGCAAAACACCUCCCUCCUGGUCCACGGCUACGACUGGUCGCGCACCGCCGUCGGGGCCGACCCGGCCACCGGCGCGAGCCCCUACGUCUGGGGCCGCUCGCUCGGCUGGUUCCUCGCGGGCCUCGUGCAGGCCUGGGACCAGCUGGCGUGCGCGGCCGCCGACGACGACGCCGCCCAGCAGCCCGCCGACCGCGUCGCGCUGUGCUCCCUCGUCAGGAACAUCACCGUCCAGGUGUCCGGCGCGCUCGUGCGCCACGCCGACCCGGCCACUGGCGCGUGGUGGCAGAUUGUCACGCUGCCCGGCGUCGGCGCCAACUACCUCGAGAGCUCGAGCACCGCCCUCUUCACAUUCGCCAUCCUCAAGGCCUUGCGGACGGGGCUGCUGUGCGGCCGGACGCCCGACUACAGGGGCACGGCGCUGCGGGCGUACAAUUACACCGUGGGCCGGUUUGUCACCGACACGGGCAACGGCACGAUUGGCUUCGACAAGACGGUUUCUGUGUGUAGCCUGAAUUCCAGCGCCUCCUUUGAGUACUAUACCACACGGUCUCUUGUGCCAAACAGUUUGCUAGGGGAGUCGGCUUUUGUCCUGGCCGCGUUGGAGGUGGAGAGGAUGGCGUGA